AUGUUCAACCAUUCCCUUGUCGUCGUCGUCUCGGCGGCAUCGAUGAUGCUGCUCAUUGCGGUUUCUCUCCACUCGUCCCUUACGACAUUCUGGGGGAGAUUGGACGUGCAGCUGAGCAGCGAUGCUUCUCCUCCUGGAAAUGGCCGUCAUGGUCAGUUGGGUGCUGUUGCGUCUGAGAAUCGAAACUGUAGCCAGAUGGGGGCGGAGAUGAUGAAGAUGGGUGGAACCGCGGCGGAUGCUAUGGUUGCAACUGUAUUCUGCAUUGGCGUGAUUGCAAUGUAUCAUAGCGGUAUCUCUGGUGGUGGAUUCGCAAUUGUACGAACGCCAGGAGGCGAGUACGAGGUCGUCGAUUUCAGAGAAAUGGCUCCUGCAGCAGCGCAUAAGGAUAUGUAUAAGGGUAACGUGGAAGGGGCGGUUUUAGGGGGUUUGGCUAGCGCUGUCCCUGGUGAGAUUAGAGGGCUGCAAUACCUGCAUGAGAAAUAUGGUACUUUGCCCUGGUCAACAGUUAUGAAACCGGCCAUUCGUCUUGCACGGGAAGGGUGGCCCGUCAAUGUGGACCUGGUCAAUUACAUGGAGACCGCAACAGCAGGAAAAGAGGAUUUUUUAUCCAAAGAUCCUUCGUGGGCGGUUGACUUUGCCCCCAAUGGAACGCGGUUGGGCCUGGGGGAUACUAUCACUCGUACAAGAUAUUCUCAAACACUCGAGACAAUCGCCAAUUACGGGCCCGAUGCUUUUUAUUCUGGGCCGCUUGCGGAUUCCAUGAUCCGAGCCCUCCAGGCACAUAAUGGGACUAUGACUCUAGACGAUUUGAAGAACUAUAGCGUUGUGAUUCGAAACGCUUCACAUAUCAAUUAUCGGGGUUACACUGUGACCAGCACGAGGGCCCCGUCCAGUGGUGUCGUUGCAUUGAGUAUCUUGAACAUUGUCGGUCAAUAUGAUGAUUUCUUUGUCAAGGGAAAUGUGAACCUGAGCACCCAUCAUCUUGUCGAGGCAAUGAGAUUUGCCUAUGGACAGCGGACGCAUCUGGCUGACCCAUCCUAUUCGGAGGGAAUGGAUGAAUAUGAAGAUCAUAUGCUAAAUAGUUCCAUGGCUGCUAUUAUCCGAAACAAAAUCUCUGAUUCGCAUACUCUCAAUGUCUCUGAUUAUAACCCCAAUGGAUUUGAAAGCCUAGAAACUCCGGGAACUUCUCACGUCGUCGCCGCCGACUCCAGAGGCCUCACCAUCAGCCUCACCACAACCAUAAACCUCCUCUUCGGAAGCAAAGUCAUGGUUCCCGAAACCGGCAUUAUCAUGAACAACGACAUGGAUGACUUUUCCAUCCCCAACACCAACAACUCAUUCGGCUACAUCCCCUCACCUGCCAACUUCAUCGAACCGGGCAAGCGCAUGCUCUCUUCCAUAUGCCCGGUGAUCGUCACCCAUCCCAACGGCACGGUCUAUUUCAUCACGGGUGCCGCGGGUGGGUCGCGUAUCAUUACUGGCACCGUGCAGAGUGUCAUCAAUCUCCUUGACAGGAAUAUGACCACCUAUGACGCGCUUAAGGAACCCCGUGUCCAUGACCAACUUAGCCCGAAUGUGUCAGAGUUUGAGUAUUCGUUUGAUAACAGCACGGUGGCGUUUAUGAUCAGUAGGAAUCAUUCGGUCAAAUGGGUUCUUCCGGGGGCCAGCAAGGUGCAAGCUAUCCGGCUGAUGGCGGAUGGCAUGUAUGAAGCGGUUGGGGAGCCUAGACAGGUUGAUUCGGGAGGAGCUGUUGCGUGA